AUGGAUACCUUUGGCAAAGAAGCUCUUGAAACCCAUAACAAGUUCCGUGCAGCCCAUCAAGCGCCCGCUCUCACGUGGUCCAGCGCCCUUGCUCGUGACGCGGAGGCCUGGGCCAAACAAAUAGCACGAGAAGGUCGCCUUCGCCACGACGAUACGAGCGACGGGGAGAACGUGUUUAUGGUUUUUGGACGGGAAAUUGACGGAAGUGAUGCCGUGAACAGUUGGUACAGCGAGGUGAAGAAUUAUGACUUCAGUAAGUCUGGUUACCAGACCAACACAGGCCACUUCACUCAAGUUGUUUGGAAAGGAAGUAGGGAACUGGGAAUAGGCAAGGCCAAGAGUGUUGACGGGAAGGUGUUUGUGGUGGGUCGUUAUAGACCUGCAGGAAAUAAUAUGCGGGCGUUUGGAGAAAAUGUCUUCCCUUCAAAGGUGCGUAUUCUAACAAGUCACUAGCCUGCAAAGCAGGCGUGUUUUGGAGCGUGAUCCAUGAUUUGUUUUCGGGAAUGACUUUGUCUCGUCAUCUUGGACGUUAAUACUACCAGAGAGUUGGGACGAGUCAAAAAAUGAUUUUAAGGGAGAGGUUGGUGGGCUUAAGGCCCCUCCUCCCUUAGUCUAUUCCUUUGCUUUUCAAAAUGGGGCCGCGAUCAAUGUACCUCCCAGUUUCCGUUAAAAAACGCCUGCUCUGCAGGCUAACAAGUCACUGCUUAUCUCUGUAUCUUGAUGGUUUAAAGCUAUUUUUGUGAUAAUUCUAACACCCUUUGACAUAGACAUUAAGAUUUAACUGUUAUCGAGCUUAUAAUUCUAGUAAACUGCUUCAAGCCUUUUAACCCACCGCUUUGACAAGGUUAAAAAAAGAAUUAAAAUUAUUUUUUCUUGCAGGAUGGACCUGUGAAAAUACCUGAAAAGGAGACAAAGAAGACUACACCUGUUCAGUGGAAGCAUGAGGCAAAACGACCGCAAGGAAGUGGAGACGGAGCAUCGUCUCAGAGAAAAGAGGAAACGGUAAUAAUUUUAACACAACUGCAAUCUAACUCUAUUUAGUGCAUUGCUUCAAAGAGUAUUUAUCAAUGUAAAUUCUCUAAGAAAUAAGACAACAAAAAUAAGGCUCGACGCAAUGACGCUUAAAAAUUAUUAUCAUUAUCAUUAUUUAUUAUUGUUAUUUUCAUGUCUGACCCCUAUAAGUGGCCUUGUUUCCCCAAAGCAUCUAGAAGAUAACCUGCGAUCAGGCGUUUUUGUUUUUUUUUUCAAGGGCGCACAUAAAGGGAUAACGGAAGAGGGCAUGAUCUCAGGCUAUCUAGAAGAUAAAUCCUAUAGCCUUAGGUGUCCAAGGUCCUUCUUACGAUCUUGGCUGUGCCGCCCAACAAACGAGCUUUCUGAAGCAAUGCGAUCCGGAUUCUAGGUGUUCCCAACUUACUGAUCUCCAUUGAGGUGUUUACUCACAUGCCAGUCCCAAGAGCCCCAAUUUCAAAAGGGAUAACAGAUACACUUCUGCAGUUCCAGAUCUUUCAGUCGCACCUCCACACUUUUAAGUCCUGGUGGUCGAUCUUCUCCCGGUUUUUUUUUCUGCUACGCGUGUAGCAAAAGGCAACUGAGCUACAUCCACAAUCAAGUCUAUUGUGGUCUUAAUGGUGCUCUGUCUGAAUUCUGAAAUCCCACGAUAACUUCACUUGGUCAUUUUCUAUCACUGCCUCUGGAGAUCUAGAGUAGUCAUAUACCAAGUUCCGUUGCAUUGCAGCCAAAUUUUUUGCAAAGGUUCCACUGGACAACUCGAGCAACCUCAUCGUGUCUCCAGCUCUUAUAAUAGUUUUGAGCUUCUAUUAUUAUUAUUAUUAUUAUUAUUAUUAUUAUUAUUAUUAUUAUUACUAUUUUUAUUAUUUUCUUUAUUAUUUCCAGUAACAUAAUGUUCGUACAUUGGGCUCUCGAAAAAUUGAUGGAAAGUUUAAAGGCCAGGAGAUCGCCGGGGAUUAUAAUAACGAUAAUAAUAACGAUUUUGCCAGUUGUCUGCAUCCCUCCGUAAGUUAUGAAUUUAUGAAUAUUAGGUGGAAUAAGUAAAGACAUGAUAGGGUGGCUGUUUUUGUUUUGCUUUUUUUUCCGUCUUAAAUAAAAGGUUGUGACGUAUCCAGAUGGCACUAAGAAGACCGUGGUAUCUACAGUAACGGUAACUCUUAAGGGAAAUGGUACGUAACGUCAAUUGAUGACAUUGCUUCUUAACUUGAUUCAGAUUUGUCCUGAGGUGCUGUGAAGAACACGUGCUCUGUGUAUAACUUCAUCGGGUUUUGCGUAGGACUUAAGGAUCUGCAGGGGCGGUUCCAGAAAAUUCAGAAAGGGGUGGCCGGGACACUUGCCCACUUGCCAGCAAUAUUAUAGAUACUUUUCAUUCUGAGAGUUCUUUAAAAAUAACACAAAAUUUCAAAGAAAAAGGGUGGCCGCGCCCCCCUCGGCCCACCCCUAAAUCCGCACCUUGAUCGUUAAGUGACGAGUUCGAGACUUGCGCCAUGACAUUUUUCAAUAAAAGGAUAAACAUUUCUGCCUCUCUUCACCCACAAUUGUUGCUAAAUGCGCAUGCUCUUGAAAAAAGUACUGCUGUCAAUCACAACUCUUGAUUUCAUGUUCUGAGUGUACUCAACGUAAGUUUUGCUUUUUAUUCUUUCUGAUUUCUGGUACAUUGCAGAUCAAAAGGGCUUCUCUAAAGAAACUGUCACAACUAAAACUGUCCAUGGUAAGUACACUGCAGUCUUCAAGUAACGUUAGUUGCCAAAUCAUUCCGUAAUCACAUUGAAACCUCUAUUAAGCGGACGUUUGGGAAGGUCCCCAAGGUGUUCGCUUAGAGAGGUUUCACUGUAUAAGAAACCAGGUCGUCGGUUGGAAACGACAAAUUAAUAUCAUGAUGAAAUUAUUUGCAUAUUGCAGAAACAAGCGAACGCAGUAACUUUUCUAGAGACAUGAGAAAGGCCCUUCCUCAAGGUGGGUGCACAUUUAUUACCUCUCAAAGGGCCCUUUUUUUGUAACUCCCGCUCUUCCACCUAAGGGUGGGUGGGGACGGUUGGGUGACAACAGUAGCGUCGGAUUCUCCCAGCAUAAUGUUCUAAUGUUUUGGAAUUUCAUUCAUUCUUGCUGGAAGGAAGGUUAAGGAUAACAGAAAUACAUACCGUCCGAAUUAUUUGCAUUUCUUAUUAUGGAUUUUAGCUGCAUUGACUAACACGAGAAGCAUUUUUCUAGUUCCCUUAACAUUACACCCAAUUAUAGCAGCCGUUUUUUCCCUAGCAACGGUAAAUGUUUGUUUUGCUUCCCUUUUUAUUUCAUAUAAAAAAGAUCUUCCCAAAAUUGCAAACACCGCAAUAGAAGGAUAAGCUGAGGAGUUACAUAGGUGAACAGAAUCAUAAUUAUGUGAUUAAGUCUCAUAUUGAUCAAUGCCUAAUGACGAUCUAUGCAGCUUUAAACCCGUCUGGUUAUUAAUGAAUUAUUUGUACAUGUUCUGUAGAGUCCUUAGGGUCCAGGGCAGGCGACCGGGAUACCAAGCCGUCUUCAACAGCAGGAGGAGGUGAAACACUCUUGUUUCAUGUGGCUGUUUUAACACACAUAAUAACAGUAGAUAAUAACAGAACUCAAUUGAAAGUAAUGACAGAUAAUCCAGCUAGUCAUUGAACGUUGUCAAACGUAAUGCUGGUUUGCACAUGACGUCACGGAGGCCAUGUUGGUGGUCAAGCUAAGAACAAAAGCGUUUCUCUCCUCUGGCGGAACAAAACUCCAUUUUUAUGCAGAUUCUUGGAGAGGAAAUUUUAUCGUAUGGACCACCAAAAUGGCUGCCUUGACGAGUGGCUGCAUAACCAAGAAUAUGCUGCCUGAGACUAUCAUACUAACCUACCAUACUAACUUUCUAAUUCUGUUUAAAUAGACUGGGUAACGCAAUCAUUUAAAUCAUGACUAUUCUUUUCAAGGAGCUCCGUACGUGCCCUGCUCUACGUCUAAAAAAGCGUUUGCAAGAAUAUCUUGCCUUAGACUAUCAUACUGAACUCAAAACAUUUAUGGUCUUUAUCGUCACUUCUGAAAGAGACACGUCUUUCUCGCUUAUGCAAUUCCAUUUUAAGAUUUUUACGAGGCACAGGUGCCACGUGCAUUGUGCAUGCAGUGUAGUGAUGAAACACCCUCUCGACUUAUCUUUUUUGAAUCUAGCAGCAAAUUUAACUACUGACGUAGUGUUAAUACGGAAAGACAUAUCCAUUUCUUGAUAAUCAUGUGAUAAUAAGAAGAUCAACAACUUGCCAAAGAGCAUUAUUAUUCGGAAAAUAAUAUUGAUUAUUUUUAAGUUAAUGUCAAGUGCUUGUGAUAUACCACUUAAAAUUUUUAAGAACGAAUAUAGUAAGUUCCGUUGACCUGUAUAUUUAAUUUCUUGUUUCUUAUUUAAGAGACCACGUUUAAAUUAAUAAAAAAAAUAAGAGAACCCUUUACCAUACUAACUUUCUAAUUCUGUUUAAAUAAACUGGGUAACGCAAUCAUUUAAAUCAUGACUAUUCUUUUCAAGGAGCUCCGCACGUGCCCAGCUCUACGUCUAAAAAAGCGUUUGCAAAACAGGCCCUAGAUGCUCACAACAAAUACCGUGCCAAGCAUCAAGUGCCACCUUUAAAAUGGUCGGAAGAAAUCGCAAAAGAUGCGCAGGCCUGGGCUGAGAAGUUAGCUCGUGAACGAAGACUACAGCAUGCGUCCCAAAGCGAACGCAAAGGAACUGGUGAAAACAUCGCAAUGUUUUCUGGUAAAUUUGAAACAGCUGGCGAAGAAGCCACCAAUAUGUGGUAUUCUGAGGUGAAGGAUUAUCGGUUCAAUAAGCCUGGUUUCCAAGGCAACACUGGGCAUUUCACGCAAGUGGUUUGGAAAGAAAGUCAGGAGCUAGGAAUGGGUAAGGCCCAGACUACUGACGGCCGCCUGACAUUUGUCGUAGGGAGGUAUAAGCCUGCAGGAAAUUUGCUGAAUCAUUUUCAAGAAAACGUGUUUAAGGGUUGAGAAGUAAUUGAUUUGAUUUAAAUACUGGUUUAAAUGUCACUUGCUUUUAAAUGUUUCUCAAACAUUAACUUUAUCAUGCAUAGUUUUAAUUCUAUAACUAUGGUAAAGAGGAUGCAAAAAUGCAAAUAUUAAGAAAAACUAUAAGUUAUAAAGUAUAAGUUUGGAAAGUUAUAAAGUAUAAGUUUUGAAAUUAAUUAAUUAAUUAAUUAAUAUAUUACUUUAAAUAUCAGGUUAUAAAAAGUUUUAAAUGUCUCGUUAGAAGAAACCUGUCAAUUCAAUUCCCAUUCAUUUAUACUGACAUGAAGCAUACAUGGUCAUAAACCGGCUGCGGGAACCCUGAUCGAAAUUUACACUUUUUCUAUAGAUUUUUUUAGAUUUAUAUUAGUUCUCAAGGAAUAAGAAAUAAAGUAUCUAACAAAAUAAAACAGAUGAUCGAUAAUGAAAGAAUAAAUAAAUAGAGCUGGAAGUAUCGGGAUCACAAUAAUUAUUUAAGGAGCGUAUCCGAUUUUAUAUAGUGUGGCAUGAUAAAACUAGGCGAUCUUUUAGAAUAAUUAUAUACAUUAACAUUCAGUCACUUCCAAAGUGACUUAAGUUUUAUUAUAACAUAAAGUUUUAGUGAGAAUCGAAAAAAGGAGUAACUAUUGAUGAUAUGAAAACUACUAAUUGUUAAAAACAAAGUGUAAUUGGUUAGGAGUGUAGUAUUAGUUUGUGUAUUGCAAGCUAAAACGGUAAUAAAAUAAUCAACGCACCAAACUUAAAUCUGUAAAUCAAAGAUGAAGAAAAUGAUGAAAAUGCCAUCUGCAAGUCGCGGCAGUCUUGUCUCCUCAGUGUUUAGCCCAACCCCUCGAACAAAUCUCGAACAAUAAUAGGCCACUUCCGACUGGUUCCAAAAACCCUCGCUUUCAAAAUGAGACUAGGUGCACAACUCCUUCUUGUGAAAAAAAGUUUUAUUUGCAUGAGAAUGAAAAAUUAUUUCCAUAUCCAAGGCUGAGCACUUAACCUCGUUUUGAAACAGAGGCCCAGGGGAACUCGGAAAUGGCCUAUUGUAAGUACAGUGUAAGCUCUCCUAACGGACACUCUCGUAAGCGAGCUUAAGGGGAAAGCUCUACUCACGGCCACCUUCCCAAAACGCUGUUUUUCUCGACUCCCAUACAAACUCUGUAUUUUUACAUUCUCGUGAGCGGCCAGUUCCAGCUUCGGACACUUUUUUCGCGUCCAGAGGGUGUCGGCUUACGAGAGCUUCCACUGUAUUGUGUAUCUUGUAUAUUGUAUUUUGGGAGGAGGGGUGGCGCGGUGAGGUGUGAGCACUCGCCUCUCACACUGGCACGGGUUCAAAUCCCGUCCCGUCGAAGCGAUAUAUGUAGGUGGCGUUUGUUGCUGGUUCUUUCCCUUGUUUCGAGAGUUUUUUCUUCGGGUACUGUACUGUACAGUAAAGCAAUCAGGAAUGGUAGAUGAAGAACCAUUUUGUGGAUGUGCUCCGUCUAAGUUAUCUAUUUAUGGUAGUUAACUAGGUUACAGAGUAAUGCGAUCUAAGGUAACAUCCUACUUCUCCUUCGAUUGAGCGAGGUCUGGAAGUGCACUUUACGCAUUCAACGGCCGCCAUAAUGCCUAAAACGUGCUCGCUAUAACGAAGCCUCGUUAUAGCGAGCACAUUUUGCCAGUCCCUUGGUCCUUUGUUGUAUCUACGUUCCACUCUACUGUACUGUUCCCAUUCCCCUGUUUUUUUUUCUUUUUUUCCGUAAAAUCGACCGUCUAGAUCGAGCGCUCUGCGUUACGGGCGGCCUAAUAACACCCACCAGGAGCCCCCAUCUACAUUUAAUAUUAAUCCCCAGGCUAGACUCGAUACAUUUGAAGCAAGAUGUCAGAGAUGUAGGUGCUCGAUCGCGACCGUGACGAUCGUAAGGAGGAACAGCGCGUGACGAUCUCAUGCAUCCACCCAUAUUACCCAUUCGUUAAUUGUCUCCUGACACUCGCGUGACAAGCUCACGCUGAACAAUGCAACGCAGUCAGAGUGCAACUUAAAAUUCAGAGAAGGACUCCAGCAGUUUUAACAGAUUUUUGAAGACUGGUGGAAUACGGCUUGGCUUGGAUAAAAGAGUUUGGAUUUGUACUCAACAACCUUGGCUUAAGUAAGGUACAAAUAGAUUAAUUUAAUUUUCUUUCGCCGCUGAUUGACCCCAAAAAUCUUUCAUUUCGCUAGCCUGUUUUAAAAACAAAAGAGACCUUCAGUUUCAUAACUCCGAUUAAUUUUCAUUUCGUUUUGCAUGCACUGAAUCAAUGAGAGAAUUGAAUAAAUUUAUAAUCUAGCAUUAUGGAAUUAGAUUUUUUGGAAAAAAAUUGUUAAUGGUUAACACAUUUGAAGACCGCUACACACCAGCCUUCACACCGUCACCAGGUUAGUUCCGGUUUAAAAAGACACCCUGUUCCAGACUCUAAAUAGUGGAAUUAUAUUCCUUCCGGAAGACUCAACAUGUUCAGUGGCCAAAUAUUAAGAGAUUGUCCUUGGGCCCCGGGGAUUUUCGUCAUACAUGUAUUUUCCCAAAUAAUUAUAGCAGAGUGUGCGUCGAAGGUGUGCGUGUUAAGCUUGAACCACGUUCCAGUGAACGAUAGCGAUGAGAGCUAGUAGGUUGCUGCAUUCAAAGGCUUUAUGCUGUAAACAUUAACAUGGAAGGCCUUGGUUUGAACUCACUUUAGACGUUUUCUAAUUUAUGCCAGUCAUAAACGUCUGCUUUGUCAUGAUCGGCGAAUAAUAUGCCGUUUGGUACACUGUUCGGGAUUUGACCUUUAAUUAUAGAGAACGUACGUGAGAACGUGACUUGGAACAGGACUACAUCCAAGCACCACCGGUACCCAUAUGAACUCUAACUUUGAAAAUCAAGUAAGGUUGAAAGGUAAUGUAUGCUCGGUUGCUAGUUAGAUCAGUUGUAAGUCUUGCUCUUUACUCGGGCAGCUGUCGAGAGGUUAGGGGCGGGGGGGGGGGAGCAGUUGUAUCCCGGGAGGGCUUAUAACCGGACUUAGAGGGGGGGGGGGGGGAGCAGUUGUAUCCCGGGAGGGCUUAUAACCGGACUAGAAAAAAAAAACCGUUUCAAGACAAUCGACAUGGCGGUGCUAAUCAAAACACGUUUUGAAUUUACUGGUUUUUAAUUGCUUCAAAAUGUCAUACAAAAUCGAAUUCAUUCCUAGAGGGAAUCUUAUAAAACAAAAAAGCAAGGCUGAUUCAGUACAGUCGGGAUAUCUAAAUACAUUUUAUCAAUAUGUCGAAAGGCACCCGGGAGGGGGGAAUACUCCCCUACAAGAGGCUAAUAGGGAUGUGCCGCUGGAUGGGGUCGCAUUUUCACGAUUGGAGUGACUAUCAUUGGGGUCUCAUCUUCAAUAGAUUUACUAGAAUGGGGUCGCAAAUUUUCGGAGUUUUGGGGUAGGUAGGGAUUCAAAAUGGGAGGAUUCUCGGUUAAAAAAUCAGACAGUUGUUGUUUAUUAAAUUUAACAAUAAGCUCGCAUUGACCGCAUUACAUUCCGCCGCUUGAAACCACAUUGAUGAGGUCAGGAUGCAUAAAUAGAAAGUGACUAAGUUGGGAUCGCGAAAAUUACAUUUUCCAAAAAGUGACUAAGAUGGGGUCUAUUAUUGGCCAAAAAAUAGACUAUAAUGGGGUAGGGGCUCUGAGAGGCCAGCGGCACAUACCCAGCAAACAUUAACCCAAGUACCCCCCCUCCCGCGGGGAAGGCACGGAUGCGACUGUAAAAUGAGCCUUGCUUCUUUUGUUUAAUAUAAUUUUCACUUAUUGCUGAUUAGAUCUUAAUUUAUUAGGAUCCCGUCCUUCUUUUUCGUAAGCUGGUCCUUGCUUCAUAAAUGGAAUUUACACCCGGAUGUUUGCAGGUAGAUGCGCUUAAAAAUUAACCGGGGGGUGGCACUUAUAAGUGUGGUGGGGGCGGGCGGGCAUUAACAAGUGGAAGUUUACCGUUAAUGUCACACCUUAAGAUUCCGACUGUGGACGCUAACAACAUAGUACAUAUAUUACAUGGCUGUCUUGACUCUGGGAGCUUUAAAAAGCCUUUUUAACCGGUGGAGAGCAUCUUUUAGGCACUUAUGUACUCUUCCCCCCCCCCCCCGCUCCCAUCACCUCUAAGUAUUGUCUCAGAAGUGAUGCUUUAAUUUGUCUUACUCGGAACACAAAGAUGCGCUAAAUAGAAUGAGAACUUCGGAUUGAUGUCGACAUUCCCUGGCAUAUGAAUUGCCUGAUUGCAUGAUUUCAGGCCAUGACAUUGGUUCUUUAUUUUUAUUUGACCUUUAAUUAUAGAGAACGCACGUGAGAACGUGACUUGGAUCAGGACUACUUCCAAAAUAAAAAUAAUAAAAAAUAAAAAAUAAAAAUAUUGUAAGGUUAAAAACAACAUUUUAAAUUAGUAUCCAUGGGAACAAGAUAAUGCCAAACGUCCAUGGCCAGCCAAUUGAUCCUUAUUAAAUCGACUCACAUAACCUCUCAAGUAUUUUUAACCCUUGAAGUCUUUUAGAGUGACCUACAUCAAUUUUCUCCUAAAAACAUCGAAGUAUCAUAAUGAGAAACGGUUAUGAGAAUGUUGCUAUUUACUUGUCGAUAUUUACAGUUGGUCCAGUUGGUGUGAUAUCUCGUGGUUGUUCAGUACCGACUUAAUAAAGUGUAGCUCUAAAUGUAAAAUUCAUGAAAUUUCUUAAAGGGAAAAAGGUUUUUAUAAUUUUUUUUUCAAAUUCUCUCAACUAGUUCUCCAGGAAAGUGUUUGGAGAUCAGUUUGGAGAAUUUGUAUGUGGAUUUUGGGGCAUAAAAAAGCGCUGUCCUUAGCAUGGCGGGCAGCAAUGAAUUUAAGCAUCUAAUGGCAGUGUCAGACUUGUAUCUUCAUCCUAACUGUUUCCCAUAUAUUUUACUAUCGGGAAUAUCAUAAAUGUGCUUACAUGGCCUGGGCUUUUCAAAACCCCUCUCAAGGCCCUUAUUAUGCUAAUAUUGGACAAGGCAGAAAACAAACAUUGUUAAUAUCUUGACAAGUGUUAAACGAAAAAUCGAUAGCUUUUACUGAUAAGCGUCCGGAGUGGCUUGGUUAAGUCGUAACGAAAGUCUUAUCGGAGUGUCUACAAGACUUAGUAUCGUUGGAGACCAGCUUGAUGCCUUUGUGUUGGUUUGUAUACUGAUACCUGUGCCUCGCUCGAGCUGUUUUCUAACGUAAUUGUCGGUAUGCAUUGUUUAAUUUUAAUUUUCUCCUGGCGAUGAAUUCCUUUCAAAGAAAGAACAAAGCCGGACACAGGUGCUGAUCAUCGCGUCACAUUCAUGCUGUUCUAUUGUCAAUUUUGUUAUUUACUUGACGAUAUUUGCACUCCCAAAAAUCAAAGUUAUCGCAGCUAAAGCGGGCUAAAGAAGACAGAAGAAUCGACGCGCUCCUAAAGGUAAACAUAAUAUCACCAAUAUCACUAGGCCUAGUCGAAUUGCAGUUAAUUAUGCAUUUAUAUUUUCAAUACCAAUGCUCUAAAGUACUAUUACCUUUAGUUAAUAGCAAGGGGUGAAGAACAAAGGUGCUUAAUAGUUGCUAGUAAUUUCAUCUAAAUGAAACAACUGAAGGCAAUUUUGAAAUCAUGAACAGUUUCCUCUUGUCGCUGCGGCCGAAUUUCAUUUCUGAAUUUUCAGUUUUGGUAUUUUGCUUACUUUUCUAGAAAGUUGCAGAUUAUUAACUGACAAGAUUAUAGGGUGUAGUCUUUCGGUUACUCUGCAGAAGUGCUUAUCAAAAUCGUCAUUUAUCUACCAGCAUUCAUGUGCUUUCAUUGAUGACCUAUCCUAUCAAAAACAGCCCAGCUCAGCCCAGUAGAAACGUCUGUAAUCUUUAAAGCAUAUCAUGUAUUUUAUAAUGACAUAUUUUUUCAGUCACCCUUGAACUUCGGCAUUAAUUAACAACACGCGGAUUAUUUUGUUAGUUGCUAGUGUUUUUAUGUCCGUCGCCGUCAAAACAUGAACAAAUAGUUGUAUUCAAUUUCCUGCGGUUUCUUUUUUACAAUAAUAAAAAUGAGUUUACUGAAAAAAUAUUGUUUAAGUUUUUGAACCACUCCAAAAUCACACAAAGUCAGUACUUGAUUAAUUAUGCCAGCUCACACAUCACUACGGCUACUACAAAGUUUACAUAGGGAACAAGUUACAGAUAAUCUGUUUUAGGAACUACGCUUUUUUAUAACACCAGUUGUUAUUGUUUUAUCAAGGUCGCAUAUUCUUGGAAAUUUUCUCUUUUAAUUCAACUAAAUGAUUUAUUCUUCUGUUUGCAAGCCGCACCAUAAUAAAUUGCGAUGCCUGAAGCAACCUGCAGAUUAUUUUCUUCAGUUUUGUUUAAACGGUCAGUGAUUAAAAUAAAACCAAUCAGCAUUGCAUGAUUACUUGCGUUAUUCUGCGACCUAUUUAACCUUGUAAACAAUCCUUGACAUCACACAUCGAACGAAAGUCGCGUUGUUGUUUUAAUUUGCCUCCCCUUUGCACAUCAUUUGACGAUUUAUUAAAUAUUUAUUCAUUUAUUGAUUGAUUGCGUGAUUGAUUUUUACUAUAAUGAGGCCAUGGUAGGGUAAAAUUCCGACAAGCGACACAACCUCGUUUCCAAGCGACAAUAUUGGCCUUGGAAACAGCGACGUACGACGUAGAUGAAAUGGCCACAAACGACAUAAAAAUGGGUAUAAUACUGACAGAGACAUGGCCUUCUCAUCAAAACGCGAAACGAUCGUAUUUGAAAUUCAGACCAGGGAGACACAUAUUCACUUCCACCCCCCACCCCCCACCCCUCCCCCCAACGCCAACAGGCCCUCUCUAUAAUUAGCAACGGUUUCAUAAUAGUUCAUGGGAAUGUCAAACAAUGGUAAAUAAAUAAAUUGAAAAAUAACACUCACGGAAGAAAAAAUAUGUAUUGUACAGUUGAAAAAAAAAGUCAAAGAAGCAUACUAGAUGUAUAUACAAAAUCAGUUAAUGCAUGGAACAAAAAUUGUCAGAAAGUACCGCGCGGCCGAUUUGAAAUAAUCCUUGCUAUUUUGAUCUAUAGCUAAGAUCCGCGUUCCAUUCUUAGCUUUAAAAUUCUUUCAUACAUUCUUCUUUUAACUCAGAAUUUAAAGUAUUUACUUUAAUGAAGCUGAUUAAAAGUACUCUCUUCACUUUCGACAAUCUAGGAUCAUUAAGCUUUGGUUAGUCAGUAGAUCACUUGAAUGGGAAUAGGAAUAAAAUGUUUUGAAGAAUCAAGAUUGUAUUAAAACUGAAAAAGUCGUGGUUUUUAUACUGACGGUUUUUCCAACAUUAUUAAAUUCAUUCGAGGCCAUUUUCAGACGAGAAACUGUGAUGUCAAAUAAUCGUGAAUGUUUUGAAGCAUAUCUUUUCUUUUGUCAAUUUAAAGCAGAUGAAACAUGCCUGACAAAUUUGGCAAGGAAGCUCUUGAAGCACACAACAGAUAUAGAUCUCUACACCAGGCCCCGCAACUAAAGUGGUCAAGAUCGUUGGAAAAGGACGCAGAGAGCUGGGCCAAACAACUGGCCAAGGAUGGCCGUCUGAGACAAGGGGACACUAGCGAUGGGGAAAGCAUAUAUGCUGUGACAGGAAAGAGCGAAGUCAGUGGUGGUGAGGUCGUGGAUCGCUGGUAUGCAGAAGUCGACAAGUAAGACGAUACUUUUAAUAGCUUGAAAGUUAUAAUGUACUAACAAAUUUAGGUUUACUUUACCAGUUGCAGCUUGCGAUAGUUGCUUUCUUGUCCAACGUUUCGCUUCCACCCCUUCCUUAUGGGCGUCAUGAGGCGAUUGUGACGGCUAGUUUCGGCCUAGUUGUGCCGGAUUGUUAGGAGCAAUGAGGCUGUUAGUGAUUGGUGCAAUUACUUUCGAUUUGUGAAUUUCGCUAAGACUUUGUCUUGCCAAGGUUAAUUAGGUCCUUUUCUCUUCUAAUACAAAGCCCUUAUGGGUGUUUACGUUCAGCAAAUUUCACCAACAACACUUGUUUCUAAGCAAAAUUAUUCUCGCAAUUGUGCUGUCACGGUUUUCGUGCAUGGCUUUUCUCACUUUCAAUUCUAUUACAAUUGUAGUCAAAGUGAAAUUUGCUUAUCUAACGUAAACAUGGGUAAGGGCUAAGGGGUCUUGUCUGUUCUCUAAUUCAUACCGAAGAAAGUUCGAUUCAGUCACGUGCCGUAUCGUAGCCCUAAUGAUGAUGGUAAUGUCGAAAAGUGACACCAAUAUAAUGACUCACAACUGAUUUUCUUUUUAACAAACAGCUAUGAUUUUAGAAAUCCAGGAUUUAAAAGCGGGACAGGUCACUUUACACAGAUCGUUUGGCAAGAAACAAAGGAGCUGGGGAUGGCAAAAGUUAAAAGUCCUGAUGGGAAAAUCAUUGUCGUAGCAAGAUAUCGCCCACCGGGAAACGUCAUCAAUCAUUUUCAAGAAAACGUUAACCCCAAGGUAAACACAAUCUUGUCUUUCCGUUCUGAUUCUUUCUACUGGCAGUGUAGAGACAUUGUCAAAAGAUCAAUGACAGCUAUCUUGGGAAGGAGUUCCUGCUGCUUAGUUUGUCAAUGAAAUUCAUUAUCAGUGAAUUUAAUUCACAGUGUCACCAUUUUAAGAAGUUGAAAUCAGCAUUGCAGUCGCUAUGGGGGCGGCAAGUACCAUUAUGCCGUGCUUUUACCUGAUUAAUCCUUCUUUCAAAAUUACUAGUCAUUAGGUUUGUCUUUAUUAUAAUCGAUGUUCCAAAGCGUGAUUUCAAUCAAUCGGCAUUUUGUAUCCUAAAGCAAGACAGCGCGAUAGAUGAAGAAAAAAAGGAAAAUAUCUGAUUGCCUGACUAAGUAAGCAACGACUCAGAGAAUGUAGCUCGUUUCGGAAAAAGAACUUAACUGUAAACGCAAUUCACUCUCACUGUUACACCAGUUUUAAGUCUAUUUACUUCAUCCUUCUUUUUUCAUAAGCUCGGGGCCUCCAAGAGUUACAAUGUUGUGGAGAGAAGUACGAGAGACGAUACCCGAUUUGGGCCUAAAAGAGACGUAUUCAACCGAGAUGAUGAUAGAAGGCCAUCUCCGUAUCGAAACGAAGCUGAGCCUCGGAGAAACUUCUUUAGCCGAGAUGACGACAGAAGAUCGUCCCCCAAUCGAAAUGAAACUGAAACUCGAAGAGAGUUCUUUCGUCGAGAUGACGGUGGAAGGCCAUCUCGUCAGGAAACAACUGAAACAGUAAGUAUAUUUGAUAUACAGCUCUAUGAACAGUGAAAACGGGGAAAAGGAAGAUAAUGUUUUUUUCCUUCUGGACUAUACCGUCAAGCCUUGUAAAGAAGGAUAGUAAACUUAAUUAGGAUCUUUAUUGCAAAAAUCCUUUGAAUCUCAAUAUCUCAGUUUCAUUGCGUCCGUCCCCUGAAACAUUGAGAUUCGAGGGAAAUAGGUGGUUUUCACGUUUUGCAAUAGGGAAUGAAACGUUUUCGACAAAAAAGCAUUGAAUAAUAAUGAAAAAAUACAAAUGAAGACUUGUAACGGGUAUCAACUCCCUCAGUCUUGCACGCGAGCCAGCCAUGCUAACUGAGGGAGUUUGCUGGUAAGGGUUAGUGGGUAGUAAUUCUUUUUGAAGGGUUACAAUUUCAAUUAUGUUCUUUAUUAUAAAAUCAUGUUAAAUUAGUUUAGUUUGUUAUAAGCCUUUAAGAAAAUUUCUAUUGGUAAAACUGACUUAAGCAACUAAUUGAUUAACCGUCUCCUCUAAUUUGUGCACAUUGUACUUAAUUACGACCAUGACUUUAAUUUAGGUGACUUAUGACCGUGACGGUGGCAAGAGAACGGUGACAAGAACUAUUAUAACAUCAGGCGAUGGAGGAGGAAGAGGUAUGUAGCAACAUCAAGAUAUAUGUGGUCCAGUGCUAAGUAUGUACACUACUCUGAUUACCCUAUAGAACGUUAUGACAUGAAGUCAGGCGUCCGCCAUAUUGGUGUCUUGAGACAAAGGAAUGGCGGCCUGUUAGUGCCCCAAACGAAUUCCUUGAGACUUGAACCCUUCUUAGGUAAAAUUCUUUAUAUUUCCAUGAAUGAACUUGCAUAGCUGCUGACCGCGUGAGUGAAAAGGCUCUAUUGACUUGCAAUGGGCCGUUUCCGAGUUGCCUGAAGUCUCUGUUUUAAAGCGAGGCUAAGUGCGAAGCCAUUGAUUUUCUCAACAAGGGUUUUGCACUUAGCCUAUUCAACAAAAACAACAUUACUAGAAUUUUAUUUCCAUUUCACUCAUGUUAGUACUAGUAUAUAAUUUUUUUUUGCUUAAUACAUUUCAAUAUUCAGCAUAUGCUCGACUUCAUGAGAGUAAAUAAUGUUUGUCUUACAGAUCCAUUUCAGAGUUUUUCAAGAGACAUAAGAAGCUCAUUCGAUGAUGGCAAGUAUUCGUCUACUCAUAAAAUCCUUACUCAAGUUAUGUUAAUAGCAUGCAAAAGUCACGUUAAAAUUUGUAUUGGAUGAUUUUGCCAAUCGUUUCUUACAGACCCUGUUCGAGACAGAAAAGACAAGUGGGAGAAAUGGGGCGAUAGGAACGGUAAUGCGCUAUAUACUAUUUUGUUAUAUUCCUAGACUUUCACUCAACUAAACAGGGACUGCCAUUGGUUGAUUCUUGGUCACGUGGCCUUGACUAAAAUCAAAUGUAUCCCGAUCGUGAUACAUUAAACAAUGUAUCCCGCUCGGGAUACAUUGCAGCACGUGAUCAAAGCAUGGUGGAAAGUGGUGUGACAGAAGGCGGGAAAAACACCGCCAGGUCCAGCCAGUUUUCUUUUUCGUGAAUGAACACAACAACACAAAAACGAAGCCUCAAGCUAAAAAGCAACGAUUUUUAAAGUUAUCCCAGAAGUUCCCAGAAGAAAAACAGCAGCUAGUGGAGGAAAAAGAUGCAGAUAAUAUGAGGAAAGUACUUUUGUUUGUAAAUCAUUCAUUCAGUGGUUUUGAGAAUUAAAUUUGUGUUGUUAUAAGUACCGAGUCGACUGUUUUGGUUCGCUCCGGUUAUUCUUUUGUUGUUGUUGAAGUGAAAGUGUAGAAAUAUAACAAAACACUUAAUGUCAGGUCCCUCGGGAAACCAGUUAGUUUUGUUUUCCCUCGAGUCCUGAUGUUUCCCUCGACUUCGUCUCGGGAAACAUCAGGACUCUUGGGAAAACAAAACUAACUGUUUCCCUCGGGAUCUCACAUUAAGUGUAUAAUAUUGAUAUUAUUAUUCACGUGUAUCGCUCCAUGUAAACAAUAAUAUAAAGAAUGGAAACGUAAUCGAAGUGCGGGUCUUGGAAGAGUCAGACUUUGAAAUGGAAGAAGGGACAAAAAGUUCGUUCAUGCAUUUAGGGGCUGUUGACAUUAUUCCGGAAUGACUUUCAUUCCGGAAUGAGUUUCGUUCCAGAAUGAAGUUCGCACUGCAUUCAUAUGAUAAACUCCACUGGCGUUCUCGGUCGCGUGGGUUUCGCGCCAGAUCAGUUACGCGUGCGCAACUAGCCCCCAGACUACACGAUUUGCGAUUUUCAAUCCGGAACGAAGUUCUUCUUCAGUUUACAUGAUACCAGAAAGAAAUUUCGCACCAGAACGAGAAUUUCAUUAGGAAUGAAAACCGGAAUGAACUAAUUCCGGAAUGGCUUGCACGGGAACAAAAUUUCCUCUCGGAAUAAAAAAAAUAUAAUAGAGAGAAAUAUACUGAGAUGGAAUGAGCUCGUUCCGGAAUGAAAGUCAUUCCGGUAUCACGUGAAAAGGCCCUAACUAGUUCUCUGAGAUAAUUUGCCAAAAUGUGGAUUUCGGUUUUCAAGAAAACCAUAAAUACCCAGCUCCAAGAAACUGUAUUUUUGUUGUCCUACUGUAAGUUACGAAUGAAGCCGGGGGUCAUUGAGGAAGGCGUUUUGUGUAGUAGACAAUUUUUUUCGAAAGUAAACCCUCCAUAGAUUAACUUAACUCUCCAUGCGGGAACGUGAUUAUCCGGCAUUUCCAGGACAUUGACAGGCAUAGCCGAGUAAUCUGUGAGUAACCAUGAUAACAGGAAACCUUUAAUGUAUGGUCACUGACAACUCACUUGUCACCACAGGAGUAUAAGUAAUUGCUGAGUUUGAUUUGAUUUCAGCUCAGCCAACUGCUUACUCGUCUUCAUGGAGUAGCCCGAAGACCAAAGAAACUAAGCCAGGUAACAAAUUAAAAAGGUUUUGAGUAAAUGUGGGAAGUAAUUUUAAGCAAUCGCAAAUUAACCCAAAAACAAAGUGGUGAUUGCGACUUUUAAGUCGCAAUCACCACUGCGACGAUCAUAUCUCGGCCUGAUAUCUUAAUUCAAAACUGAAGUGUGUCGCGAAGUCGCGCUAAUUUUCCUACUCACCCUUUGCGCUGUCCCCACGCAUUAUGGAUAGCCAUGGGCUGGCAUUUGACUCAUCUUCCCUCAUAUCUGAAUUGCUAACAUCUAGGUCUUUCCAUGCUUUCCGUCUGCUGCGUGUUAUUUUGAUUGCUGCGAGAUGUAAUUUGUGCUUUCUUGGCGUCAACUUGAAUCCUUUAUUGGUCAAAGUAAUGCGGUAAUUUUUAAUUUAAGAGACUUAAUUCAAACAGCUUUAUCUUGUGCCCUGUGUUUUCUUUAUAUAAGCUACCUCCGGUUACUGACGUUUUUCGACGGUAAACUUAGUUAAACUUUAAACUCUUUACAAUAUCCACACCACCAAAAAAUCCUAACGUACAAUAUAUAGUUUCAGCAUAAGUUAAAGCUUACUUUAAGUUCAUGUAAACGUUACUCUUUUAGUUAAUUAAUUUCUGUUUCUUUCUUUCUUUAUUUUUUUCAUGAUAGGUAUGGUUCAAUUAAACAAGUUUCGUUUUUGAGACAACUAGGACACGAUUCCAACUUCAACUUCAACUUCAACUUUAUUUCAUAAGACUAUUGGUUACAAUAGACUGGCCCGCAAAAUAGCAAUUGCUAAUCUAGGCGGACCAGUUAAAAGAAAAAUAAAUUGAAAGGAAAAGAAAGGAAAGGAAAAGGAAGGAAAAACUACAAGCUAAACUACAAACUGUAGCGAUCAUGAAAAUGUUGCCACUUAAAUCUCCUGUGAAGCCUCCUCUCUUAAAUAAGCCCCCCUCUCUUUUAAGCUCCCCCUUCCGUCACCCUAUUAUUAUUCACUAAUAAAUGAUAGACUGUAUUUUAAAAUCAAUCAAAACUUAAUGUGGACUGAUCUGGGAUGGUUUAUUCACCAACUGGAAGCUACUGGAAGUUCGGAUUUGCUUUUGACCCUCGGCUGCAUGACCUCCAACUUCUUGUAUUUGCGAUUUUCCACUUUGUAUUCUUAGUUCUUUAUGGAGAACUGAUACCAUCAUCUUUGUUAAAUUAAAUGAGCCCCCCUCUUAAAUAAGCCCCCCGUUUCUAUUAAGCUCCCCCCCCCCCACAAAUGUGUUUGAAAUAAAUAAGCCCCCCCAGGGGGGCGGGGGGCUAAUUAAUAGAGGAUUUACGAUAUAUAUUUGAUGUUUGUACAUCAAAUAUGCUGCAAGGAUGCUGGUGUAAUCCUAACUUUAUUUAGUUUUGAAACUGGGAAAAAAUGAAUUACAUCAUUUCUUUUUCUCAGCAGAGAGAUUUACACCGUCAAGCUCAGCCACUUCUUCUCCAAAAGGAUCAUUUUCAAAACAGUCACUGGACACACACAAUAAAUUCCGCUCGAUGCAUGGCGUUCCACCUUUAAAAUGGGCAGAUGACCUAGCGCGAGAAGCCCAAGGGUGGGCUGAGAAACUGGCACGAGCCCGAACGUUGCAGCAUUCAAGUAAGAGUGAAAGAAAAGACGCCGGAGAAAAUAUAGCUAUGUUUACAGGGAAGUUUGAUUCUGCCGGAGAGCAAGCAACUACUAUGUGGUGAGUAUCAGGCGCCGCGAGAAGUUUCAAUUGGUCAAGUACUGUUGUUUUCCUGGUGGGGCCAGUAGCGAGGGGUAAGGAGGGUAGAAACGCUAUCUAUCUUUUCAAAAAGCUAAAACGUGUUUUCGCAUCAUGCAAUGGUCCAGUUGUGUUACUUGUUUACUACCCUUUUCAAAAACACGCGAAUUCUGAAGUUCCAAAGCCAACUGACGUUUGCGUUUUUCGCUGCCGUCAAUCAUCUCAGCGGACCUCUUAGGAAACAUGCAGAAGUUUGCUUCAACGGGUUCAAAAGGUCAUGGUUUGUGAUUUGUGAUUGGUGGAUUUCGAUCCGUUAUGUGUAUUUCUUUGUUUCAGGGUUCGUUGCUUUUGAUCCUAAUUAUGAUUGACGGUAGCGAAUAACGCAGUUGUUAAGUUUGAACUUCAGAGUUCGCAUGUUUGUGAAAAGCGCAGAAGACUAUAUUGACAUGUAGGCGUGGAUCAAAAUUAAUAUUGUAAUCACGAUUACUAUUGAGCGAUUUAAGUUGCUUUUUUGUGUUUUAUUAGGUACGAAGAGGUCAAAGACUACAAUUUUCGGCGUGGUGGUUGGCAGGGAGGGACUGGACAUUUUACUCAGGUCGUAUGGAAAGGCAGCAAGGAGUUAGGAAUGGGUCGAGCCAAAACUUCGGAUGGAAGUCUCACUUUUGUGGUUGGUCGAUAUCGACCGGCAGGGAAUGUAAUAAAUUAUAUGGCGGAUAAUGUAUUCCCCAAAGGAAGUCGCUGAGACUAGAAUGGAAUCUCAAUUUCUAAUUACGGAGAGUUAUUAUCGAGUGUAUCGGUGUUCUAUGUAGUUAGCUCAAAUCAAAAAUUAAUUAAUGUACUCUUUUCUGACGAAGUCACUCAGAGUGGUACAGGUAUGUACCAGUGCAGUUCAACUGGUCAGAAUUUAAAAUUUUGGGGAAGGAGGGGUUGUUUUAGCUGUCUGGCGCACUUACCGAAAAGAGCAUUUUCUUUGCUUCAAGUUGCUUUAUGUGCUCUCUAUGUCUUAAGCUACGAGCAAACGGACGCAAUAACUCCCAGCAUUGUUGGCCCGAAAAUGUUGGGAGUUGUUUGAUAGUGUUAGUAGUAGUGUGCAAACGAAUGCAACAACUCCCAAUUAUGUUGAAACUUGCAGUGCAUUAUGCCGUAAUAUUGAUACAUUAAAGUUUUCAAGAGACAGUAUUGUGACACAUUGAUUGAUCUCCAAGGAUACCAUGGGUAAUACGCAUGCGUGACACCAGCAAUGUUGAGCUGCACAAACGAAUCCAACAUUGUUGCAAUACGCUUCGGCAAUCACGGAACAAAAGAAAUGCUGGGAGUUGUUGGCUUAAAAGUUUGACCAGUUUCAAACUUUGCGCAACAACUCCCAACAACACGCAUCAACAUGCAACGACAUGCAACAAACUGACGCAAUAUGUAAUAUCUAACAACGUUGGCAGUUGCUGGCCAACAAUGUUGCAUCUAUUUUGCACGAGACUUUUUAUGAAUUUUAUCUAGGCAGGAGUGGGUGGAGAGGAGGUUUUGUAACUGAAGAGCUUUUGAACUCAAAGCAAUGGGUAGAGGAAUUGUAGUUGAAUUAUAAUAUCUAUAAUGAUUGUUAUUAUGACAGUAAUAAUUGGUUUUAAGGUAAUGGGAAUAAUAUUAAUCUAGGGUCAUAGCAUAAGAUCAUGUUUGAACCUUAGACUGUUAAAGAAGUAAGCAAAAGAACUAUAACUGAGCUAUGUAAUGGCUGUUUAGAGCAUAUACAAUGGUACUAUAUAGACUUGAGUAUUUAGGACAAUAUUUAUCGGGGCUCAUUUUUCUUAGUAUUUUACUUUUCCUUUUGAUUUAAUUUAAGGGGGUCCUUUCUAGUUUUAAAGCAUAAAAACUAGAUAUUAACUAUAGGCAUACCUUACCAUUAUCGGUAUUGUGAGUCACUGCCGAGGCCCUAUAAGGAUCGGAGUGGACAAUAACUAUAUUGUAUUUCUUUCAUUCGGAGUCCAAACAACAACUCUUAGACCAAAUAAAUCACUAUUUUAAAUGUU